AUGAAGAGCGUACAAAGUAAAAAGCAGAUAGAUACUCUUGCCAAGAAGACCGUCGCCAAAUCGGAGAUCGUCAGCGAGACACUGUGCGAUGACGUCUUGCAACGCCUGUCACCUUUCCUUCUGCGCAACAAACCCGUUGAUAUUCUGGAUCUCUGGCCGGGCGCUGGACUUUUAUCAUCCAAGGUCCACGAUCUUGUGCGACCUCGUCGACAUGUGUUGAUCGAGCCUGAGAUCAAGACCUUCCGACCUGUGCUGGAGUCUUUGGUGAAGAGUCGAAAUGCAUACUCGUUGCUGUCCAUGGACAUCAAACUGGUCGAGGACUGGAAACAGCUGUUGGCCACCUGUCUACCGGACGAUCCAGAUACUCAUUCUGAUGGCUAUGCGGAUGCUCAAGAUGCUCAGUCGAAUCAUCCUCGGGCGAACCACUCACUCCUCGUCCUGGCCAGUCCGCCGCCCAGCGUGUCCAAGAAGGAUCAUUUCACUCCCGCUCGCUGGUGUGCUAUGUUCAUGGACACCUGUAUGCGCGCAACAGGCCUCCAUAGCUAUGGGCAGGUGCGUCUGCUCGUCUCAUUGCCUCCCGCAGAUUCCCAGGCUGUCCUGGCGCGCACCACCAGCGAGCGCAAGCGACCGGCCCUGUUGACUGAGAGCGUUGCCCGGCACGCCUUUGAGGUUGCUGCUCCCAGCGAUCCCAGUCUCUGGAUCACCUUCAAGGGCUGGGAUCUAGUCGCGGCCAAUGCCGCCCGCGUUGCCCAGCGCACCAUCGAGCAGGGCAUCAUCAUUCCCGCUGGUCGAGAGCUGCCCCCCGUCGCCAUGGCCCCCGACAGCCCGGAUCCAGGCCGCAUGGCCUAUCCCUAUGUGCCACGACCUCGGACACCGCUGCACGAUCGUCUCCUGAACGUGCUUGAUUCCGAGGAGGAGCGCAUUCAGAGCCCCCAGGAGGACAGCCAGACUCAGACCUCCAAAAAAAGGACGACCAAGAAGGCCAUCAAGAACCCCAAGCGUCUGCGCGCUUGCAUCGUCCUGAACCAGGAGAACCGCCAUGCCUAUGCCCGUCAGGAACUCAGCAAGCAACAUGCCACCCUCGACGAGCUGACCCGGUUGUUGUCGUGCGCCGCCGCCGACCCCCACGCCACCGCGACGACGCUGCAACCGCUGCAGGACCGCAUCGACGCCUUGCGCCGCGCCAUCGCCGACGAGUACGCCCAGCACCACUAUGAAGCCACUAAGCAGCUGCCCAUCGCCAUCGACGACCACCGCGCCGCCAUGCACUCCGGCAAUUUUGACAACGCCUACCUCCCCUGGGACCGACGGCCCUUCGAGCCGCUGCUCAUUCAUCCAGACGAGCAGUAUCCGCGCGACGUCGGCCGCGCUUUGGUCUAUUUCGAGCCCGACGACCAAUCUACCGCCUUACGCCAGCUGCACCGUCUACCCCCAGACGAACGAGAGCACCCCGUGCGUCUAUUCCAGGCGCUAUCGCUGGCCCUGGGCAGUCGGGGGAAUCUGACCGUGGCCGAACUCCUACAGGCCGUCUUCCCCAGACGCAGUGUCAACGACCUCGUGCGCGCCGUUCCCAGUCUGGCCACUUUCGCUGCCAAAUCUCUCCCUGUUGACUUCGAUGUCCGCCCCAAGACCGUCCACGGCGCCCCAGACCAGCCCCAACCUCUUGACCCGGCCGUCUGCUACCAGGAGAACCUCGACUAUGACUUGACGGACGUGCGCGUGCGCUCUCUCUCUGCCGCUACGCUGCUGGAUAUCUGUCUCGAGUAUCAACGCUCCGGCCAGAAGGUGUCCGUCACCCAGUUGAAUCGUAUGCUCGGAGGUACUUUGACCUCGUUCCGAUCGGGGGGGUAUCUCAUAGAUACCUAG